AUGAGGGGGCCACCCGGCAGAAGAGAUUGCAAAAAAUACUGCCGGUACCACCGAGACAUCAAGUACAACACCAAUGAGUGUCGGGCUCUUAAGAAUGCCAUUGAAGAUAUAAUCAGAAGAGGCCACUUGAAAGAAUUUGUCAAGGAGGCGCUAGCUUGCAAAAAUCCAAGCGAGAAGAAUAAUCAGGUCCAACAAGCUUCACCGAACAAUGAUGUAUUGGUGGGUAUGAUCUAUGGGGGACCCGACAUUGCAAGGAGCUCCAAGCGCUCUCACGAGCAAUAUGCACGAGAGGCCAGGAUAGACUCGGUUUCUCAAGUAAUGAGCUGUGAGCAAAAGCCGUCGAAGUGGCCCAGGCAAGAAAGCGAGGUGAUAGGAUUCACCAAGGAAGAGUGUGAACAAUCUCCUCACCACAACCAUGAUGCGAUUGUUAUCAUAGCAAGGAUCGACAAUGCCUGUGUAACGAUUACUGAAAACUAG